AUGAACUUUACCUUUUUCAACCUAAAGCUAAAACCCGAUGUCGAGAUGUAUUUUAUGGAUCCCGCGGAUUUACUGAAGAAACAACUUAAACCAUAUUUCCAGGUAUUUUCAUAUAUGUAACCGUGUUUCCUGUUAUAAAUCACAAUAUCAACGUGGAGAUUGGAUUCGGAACAUUCGGAAAUGAUAAAUGUUUAUCCAUUUGUAGGUCUUAGAAUUUCAAAAAUCACACAGAAAACGUCUUGCAGCUCAUUACCAAAAGGUCAACAAUUUUCUGUUUCUGUCUAUGGUGAUUUUAAAGUAGUAUAUCUACUACAAUUAACACUAGUGUUUGAUAUGAUUUAGAUGGGUGCCACUUCAGCGGAUCCCAGUCAAAGUAGUCGAAAAUGUCAGGAAAUGGAAAGGUAUAGAAAACGAGUUCGUGGACAUGUACAACUUACGAUCAUGAGUAGGAGCUAUAAUUAUGUAUUUUUGUAGGGAAAUGAGAAAGCUUCUUGAAGAGAAUAACGCGAUGAAGAAAAUACUGGGUGUAUCGGUUUGUAUAGAUUCUUCAAUAUUUAUCAACGUACCUCAAAUAUCCCCACGCCGUAGUUUUUGCUACCACAAUCCACAACUAUUUUUCUUUUUUCCAGUCUCAGAACAGUGAUCCGAAAAAUAGAGGCAGUUCAUCAAGGUAAUCAUGCCAUCUAUAAAUUUGAAUUCCACGAGAUUUAAUGCUCUUUCCAGCUAUGGUAAUGGAUUUCGUUCUUCUUGCCUAGAUCAAAAUUUCGUCUAUAUGUAACUGACUGUGUACUGUAUACAAGCUGCUUGCUGUAAGGUAUAGAAUUUCGUUUUUUAUUGGUAGGCAAGGGACACCUCACAGUAUGAGGGGAGUGUCACCUGGACAAAAUUCGCAAUCAGUACGUCAAAGAGGUAAAACCGAAGUCACGAUCACCGCCAACCAGUUGAGUCUACCCACGUAAAAACGUACAAGUUGUAGCAAGAUUGUUGUCAAGCCCUUAUCAGGAUGUGUUCGCACUACUUGUUCCCAGUUGUUUUGACAAGUCUGAGACAGUGGCAUUGCUGGGCUCUGCUCUUUAUCUUUAAACUUAGUCUGAAACAAGUUAUCACCUUGUUGCUAGAUUGAUGACGGUAACAGACUUGCUUCAAGUUGUUCCAACAAGACUAUUAAUACAGGCUACCAACGAGCUUGUUGUUACGUGCAGACGAUAUCAUACAUGUUGGAACAACUUGUUGAGAGUCUGUUGAGUGUUGGACAGGACUCAUCAAUCUUGUUACAAGAUGAUAACAACUUGUUCCAACCACAUCUUGUUGAUAAACUGUGAGAUUUUUAUGUGGUGUAGAGGUAGACUUAUAUUUCGUAUUCUAACAGGUCAUUACAAUAACACCACCCCUCAUGGUCAAGUAUCUCCUUAUUCAAGAUCCGCUCCAGUCACGUGAGUAACCGAGUACCAAUGUUUCGUCGAAUGCCCGCUUUGGGAAAGUACGUCAUCUUCGCCAUAGAGCCUCGUUUCCGUGAUUGACACGUUCUUCUUACUAAUGUCGCGUACACGAAAACGAGGCCCAUAGCCAAAAGUGACGUAUUAAAGUUCUUCUCAUUAAAACUUUUUAUAGGCCACAAAUGAUAAACGCAAUGAAAGGCUCGCAACGUGAUGUAAGUGAUUGCUGUAUAUAAGUUGAUAGCUUUCACAUUAACAGUAGCGUAACCAGCCCGACGAUUUAGUCCCGCUAUGCAAAAAUUUUCGUGUUCAUUGACUAUUUAAAGUGAGCCUGUGAGGUGAAUUAAUGGACCAUUUGCAUUAUAGACUAAAUUUUGAUCUAGACAAAAAUUUUCACAGCUUGAAAGAGCAUCACAAAAUUAGUAAUAUUCCAAAGUUUCGUUGCGAAAUGUUGUAAAAUGUGGAUAAUAUAGCCUUGUGAAGUUUGCCGUUUUUCAGUCAUUUUGUAUUACGCACGGGAAAUUGACAGCCCAAUCGGGUGUUGAGGCAUCAAUUUCCCGUUUGUAAUACAAAAUGACUGAAAAUUGCAAAUUUCACAAGGCUAUAUUAUCCGCAUUUUACAACAUUUCGCAACGAAACUUUGGAAUGUUACUAAUUUUGUGAUGCUCUUUCAAGCUGUGAUGAAAUUUUUGUCUAGAUCAAAAUUUAGUCUAUAAUGCAAAUGGUCACAUUUGAUCCAGUCUGAAGGACUGAAUUAAUUUUGAUCCAAUCCUAGGACUGGAUGAGUAUACUUCACCAGGUAACCAGUAUUAUCAUGUGAGCAAAAUAAAGCAAUAUGGCUGACUAAUUUACGCAUGAAUUAUUAAUGAGUUUGAGAAAAUUCUUUCCACUAGACUCCCAAGACACCGGCGGGGCCAAUUCGACUGACAGUUCGUACACCUCCAUCAAACGGAAUGAUAGGAAGAAUAGGUAAAUAUGUACCAAAUUUAACUUUUGAAUAAACUUUGAACAUAGUUUGUGGAAACACCGCGCACAUUUAUUACUGCAAAGCUUUCGAUCCGUAAGCCCGGAUCUUCAUCAGUGCUAAUAUGUCAUUGGACAUAUUACUAGCACUGAUGAAGAUCCAGGCUUACGGAUCGAAAGCUUUGCAGUAAUAAAUUUACGUGGUGUUUCCACAAACUAAAGUAUUAUAUUGUCAUAACUCUAUACAUUUUUUCCAUUAGGUACGUCACCUUCUGGAAGACAACGAUCUACCCCUGGAAUCGUGGCGAAUCUCUUGAGGUUACUUACAAAUAGGUGCUUUCGCUACUGCCUGAUCAGAAUUACCACUAACCGAUUAUUUUUCAUUUCCAGGGCUGGAAACACGCCUGGAGCUGGACAUGAAUCUUCCAAAACUCCUACUACAAUGAGAACACCGUCACGAGAGUCCCAUAACUCACAAGCCAGGUAUGAACUGUAUUGUAAUUCCAGCUACUUCGGUCGCAUGCGAGAUGAGUGCUUCCAGCUUGACUCUUCUAAAUGACUAAAGUCACUAAACACUGCAGAUUUUCUCAGGGUAUUCUGGUUCCCUGCUAUAUUAACACUGGACUAACAAGGGAUGAUACGGUGACGUCACAAGGAAGAAGUUAUUUCGCUGACCUCAGAAUGACAUUUCGUCAAAAUUUUUUUCUUCAAGAUUGGUUUAGAAACAAACAUGGAGUAGGGUUAGAUUAGAGUUGGUGUUUGGAAUAGGGCUAGUGUUGGUAAAACUGUUGCUUUGUGACGUUUUGUCACUCUGAGGCCAGCGAAAUCACCUCUACCACGUCGCAACGCGUACUUGUUGACUUCCGCCAUUUUGGGUGGCAAAUGAAAAAUAGUGAAUUAAAAGCAAACAUGGCGUCAAAGCAAGACUUGAGCAAUUUGAAGAGUAAUAAUGCUCCACAGCUGUGUAGUAGGGAAGAGAUCAUUUCGCUGGCCUCAGAGUGACGAAACAAAGCAACGGUUUUACUAACACUAACCCUGCUCCAAACACCAACUCUACUGCCUAAUCCUUACCCUAACCUAACCCUACUCCAAAUUUGUUUCUAAACCAAUCUUGAAGAAAAAAAAUUUGACGAAAUGUCAUUCUGAGGUCAGCGAAAUAGUUGAUGCCUUGUAGUAGUUGGUUGAAUGAAAGACUUUUGCCACCCAAAAUGGCGGAUUAUUUUUGAUGGUACGUCAUACUGCAAGACCUGAAUAGUUUCAGUUUUAGGUAACUAUUUUCAACCUAAACAUCCUAUUACUUGUAUACAUGGUGAUGCAAAUUGUCGUUACAGCCAACAGAUGUCCUGGUCAAGUAGUCAGCACGCAUCUCAAAAUAAUUCACAACAUCAAGGUUAGUUUUUCAAAUGCCUAUAGAUCUGAAAUCCGAUGCUUUCCAUAAGUAGUAUGCACUCACCGUCUCUACAAGUGUUAUCGACUUAUCGUUAUGAUUUCUCUUUUUAUAGCGAGAAAACACGGAGGUGCUGCAAUGGAUCUCAAUAGAAGACAAAUACACGUACGUAAUUUUCAUACAGCCAAAAGUGAUAACAUAGGCGUCCCCCUCAAAAAAGAAAACUUUGGAAAUUAAAUUCAGGUUAUUUCAUUACAAUCCUUUAUAAAAAUUCGGGCAAAAAGCAUCAUCCCAGUAUGCUUAUGCGUGAGAAUGCGAUAUUUGAGAAGAUUCAGAUUUUUGAGAUCCACUACUGUUAUCAUUAACCAAUCAGACCCAUUUAUUCUACCCGAUUAACCACUCAAAUGCGUGUUAUGCCUGUGAGAGGUAGCGGGAAAGUCAAAUCUGAAUCUCUCUAUUGUAACAUUGACAGUAUAUAACGUUCUCUUACCAUUUCAUUUUUAGUUACACCAUCAGCCUCGCUCCGGUGGUUAUCAGUAA